CCUGAGUCUGUGAGCCCCGUCGAUCCUUUCUUCCAAGUCCGUUCGGAGUAGAGAAUGACUUUAGCAUUAGCAUUAGGAGACAAUUAUUUUUUUUCCUCCUCUCCAACUUCCUCUCGCUAUUUUCAUUAUUUUCUCUUUUCACGUCUUGGAGUUUGAAUGAGUUUGGCUUUGACAAGGUCGUUCGCCCUUAGCGAACGUACUACUUUGGACUCCAUUCCCUUACUUCUCGCUUGUAGUCUUCUUUUUUUUCACAAAUCAUAAUGAAUUGACCAGCCGAUGGGAUGCUGAUGAAGCCCUAAUCCAAAUCGAGGACUAACCCCCCCUGACCUAUAACCAAACAGCGACAUACCCUCUUUUGGCUCCUUUGGCCUCAGUCGUGCAUUCGUCUAUUCGUCCAUUCGUCCAUUCGUCCAUUCGUCUCCCAGCCUCCACGCGAUUUUCCUAGUUGGUUGUAUCGUAAGCCCGACUUUUUUCCAAUUUUCAGCCGCGGCGCCAGUGUAACCGAAUCUACCUUCGUUAUCCUCAACUGAUGCUCACGAGAGCAUCAAUUACCGACUUAUACUAGGAAGCGCCAAAAUGUCUGGGAUUAUGAGCAAGCGCCAACAGGCGCGCAACGAGAAGGUAUUGCAAGAUCUCGUACAUGAUGUACCGGGAAACAAUUUUUGUGCCGAUUGUCAAGCGAGAAACCCAGCUUGGGCAUCAUGGAAUUUGGGUGUGUUCCUUUGCAUGCGAUGCGCUGCUAUCCAUCGCAAAUUGGGCACGCAUAUCUCCAAGGUUAAGUCGCUUAGCAUGGAUAGUUGGUCGAAUGAACAGGUUGAGAGCAUGAAACGGGUGGGAAACGUUGCGUCUAACAAGAUUUACAAUUCUCAAAACAAGAAACCCCCGAUGCCCAUCGAUGCUGACGAAGCCGACUCUGCCAUGGAACGAUUCAUAAGGGCUAAGUAUGUACAAACAACAACAGCUGUGAAUGGCACGAAAAAGCAUAAUACCGGAAGUUCUGACGAAGGUACUCCGCCGCCCUUACCACCUAAGACAGGCAGUCGUUUCUUCUCCUUCCGAUCUAAGAAGGAUACGCGUGCGCGAGAGAGUGCUUUCGGUUCCCAUGACACCCAACGCAACCAACAAAGCAACAAGGCGUCUAAGGUUUUCGGGGCCAGUGUACAUCAAGAUAGUCCGGAGGCUACGGCACAAAAGUUGACGCAGCUUAGGGAUAUGGGGUUCGUGGACGACAAACGUAAUGCUAUGAUUCUAAAGGGCGUGAAUGGUAAUCUUGAAAAGACAGUGGAGGCACUGGUGCGGCUUGGGGAAGGUGGUGGACCUUCAUUGCCUCUGCCAUCUCGGGAUGGUUCCUUGCCCGGUUCCUCUAGGUCUUUGACUCCCCAACCUACACCCACGUCUCCACGACCUCCAAUUGGGCUAUCUAAAUCCAGCCCGCCUGCUGCACCGAGUCCGGCCAGUACUAUGUCAAACAACCCAUGGGACAUACAGCCAGCACCGCCUCAGUCCUCACAAUCAACAGGAACUCUACAGAACAGAAACCCCUUUUACGCUUCAAACUCGAACCCAUUUGGGAUGCCAAGCCAGCAAGCCGAGUUCAAUUUAAACCAGAGCCUACAAAACCUAUCACUCGUACCAACACAGCAACAAGCACUCUUCCCUCACCAUACUGGCGGAGUACCGACUCCUCAGCCAGCAUCGCAGUCGUUCUAUUCGCAAUCGAUGACUCCUCCGAUCCCACAAGGCCAGAGCUACACAUCGUUCCCCUUUAAUAGUCACCAAACAUACCCUCAGCCGGCUGCUCCAACUCAAUCACCACAAACUUACAACCCCUUCCUACAAGCCCCUAGAACCCCAGACCCGACUCUUUCAUUGAACACCUCGCCGUUUCAAACUCAAAACCAAGGGUCAUUUGCUACCAAUCCCUUCACCAGAUCGCCGACUAGAAUCGCGUCGCCAACUCUGAACCAAAUCCCCGAACAGUCGCAGCAAAACUUCUAUAACUCGCCGCAUUCGCCGUAUGCGAGUAACCCAUUCUUCGCGACGAAUCAGUACGCACAAUCUCCUACCCCGGCGGUACAAUCUCAACCGCAACCGCAACCCCAGCCUCAGCUCCACCCAACCCAGCAGCAAUGGUACGAUCCACAACCACUGGUACAGGUUGCGAGUCAACCUCAGCCGGCUUACCAACAGCCUCAGAGAGCAGACACAGCUUCUAUCAUGGCUCUAUAUAACUACCCUCAACUAGCUCCGACCAAGCAGCAAAGCCAGGAUCAGAGCAUACCCAGUACUGAGACGAACCCUUUUCCUACGUCAGCACAUCCACAGGCGCAUCCGCAACAAAACGUUCCAUCACCUUUGUCAGGAACCAAUAACCCUUUUAUGAACAGUGCAGCAACUCAAGCCGCACAUACACCGGCACCCGCAGCUCCGAGCCCGUUUGCGCCGCACAACAACCUUAAUUCUGCUUCUUCGGGCGCAAGGAGUCGGGAAAGCAUGACGCUCGGGAUGGAGAUGGCUUGGAAUAACGGUCGGCACAGCCCAGACGCGUUCGCGAGCCUGAGCGCAAGGAGCAUGUAAUGAAACGAGGUGGGCUGCUGUGUGUAUAUAAUAUAAUAGUCACAAGGUGUACCAUAAUAAUGAUCUUCCAGUAAAAGUUCUAAUUCUGAAAUCUUCCAGAUUCGAUGUCUCAACCCCACGUUUUUUUUCUUAGGUGACUCAUCCAAUAUCUCGCGAUCAACGCAAAUUCCUUUCCCCAACUCAAUCCUAUCCCUCCUUACUUCCCUACUUAUGGAUCUCUUUCAAACUAAACUCCUCCCAGGCCAUCUCCUCCAAACCCGCAAACUCCCUCUCGUCAACCCUCACCACCCGACUCCACCCCCGGAUCAGCGCCCGCCAGUAACACGUUUCCGCCGCGCCGCUGAAGUACCCCCCGCCAUCGAACAGCUCCCGCUGCCGCCGCGCUAUCCCCUCCGCUACCCGCGGGUGGCGCUCCAACCACUCGAUGGUCGAUUCUAAGUCCGUCCAGUCUGGCGACACGAAUACUAUGUUCGCGUCCCGCUCCGGGUCGUGCGAGCGUGGCCAUGCGGC